UGAGGGGGGAUUUCCUUGGGUGGGUCCCUGUGGGUCUCUAUGGGUCACUGAGGCCCUCUAUGGGUCCCUAUGGGUCUCUAUGGGUCACUAUGGGUCCCUCUGUGUCCCUAUGGGUCCCUAUGGCCCUCUGUGGCUCUCUGUGGGUCCCUCUGUGUCUCUAUGGGUCCCUAUGGCUCUCUAUGUGUCCCUCUGUGUCCCUAUGGGUCCCUAUUGGUCUCUAUGGCUCUCUAUGGACCUCUAUGGACCUCUGUGGCCCUCUAUGGGUCCCUAUGGGUCCCUAUGGCCCUCUAUGGCCCUCUAUGGGUCCCUCUGUGUCCCUCUGGGUCUCUAUGGGUCCCUAUGGCCCUCUAUGGGUCCCUAUGGGUCCCUCUGUGUCUCUAUGGCCCUCUAUGGGUCCCUAUGGGUCCCUAUGUGUCCCUCUAUGGGUCCCUCUGUGUCCCUAUGGGUCCCUAUGGGUCCCUCUAUGGCCCUCUGUGGGUCCCUAUGAGUCUCUAUGGGUCCCUAUGGGUCUCUAUGGGUCCCUAUGGGUCCCUCUAUGGGUCCCUCUGGCCCCCUAUGGGUCCCUCCAUGGGUCUCUCUGGGUCUGUGCCCCCUCUCCCGCAGGCGAUGCCCCCCCCCUCGCUGGUGCCGCUGCGGUUCUUGGCUCUGACGGCGCAUUUGGUGUUGCUGCUCGCGGCGGCGGUGGCGGCGGACCCCCACGUCCGAGCGUCGCUGCCCCCCGACUUCACGCCCGAGGAGUUCGCCCAUGCGCAGCGCCUGCUGUGGGUCGCGCUGGGGGUCGCCGUGGGGCUGCUGGGGGUCGAACUGAUCGGCUUCUUCGGGGGGGUCUCCACGUUCCAUGUGGGGCAGGGGCUGCUCUCGGUGCUGUGUCACACGGGGGCGGCUCUGAGCCUGAGCCUGGCCUGGAGCGAGGGGGGGGGGCUGCGGGGGAGCACCGCCGUCCUGGGGCUGGGCAGCCUCCCCCCCGCCCUCACCGAGGCGCUGCUCAUGGUCUCUCUGCUCUGCUGGAAGCGAAAAGGCCUCUGAGCCCCCGUGGGGGGAAAUCCGGGUCCCCCAGCCCCCAACCUGCGGGUCCCCCAACGCCCCCCUCCUCCCUUCGCCCCAAAUUCCCCCUUUUUCACCCCAAUUCCCCCCUUUUUCACCCCAAUUUCCCCGCU